AAGUGACUACUGCUUUUGAAAACACAUAGACGAAAUCGGAUGAAUGGAGUGUGCCGCGAAAGGAAGUCCACGGCGGUGCUCGGGACCAGCUAACCGCCGAUGCGGCGGUUGUGGUGCUGUUUUCUAUUGUUCCGUCUCUCAUCAGACAUCACAUUGGAGAGUUCACAAAGAAGAAUGUGGAAGACUCAAACAACAAAUGUAUUGUGUGGUGCUGCUAAAUGACUUCCCUUUUACUUUUUCCCGGGAAGCUACUUAUCAGGUUAGUGGAAAGGUGGAGACUAGAUGCUCAUUCUUGGAUAAACAGGGGAUCCACUGUGUAGGAUUCUGGAUAUGUGAAUGUAGUUGUGGGGCUUCAGUUACUUCCUUGGAUCAUUUGAGGUAUGAUAAGGGCUGGAAUCUCUCAAGUAAAUUAUGCCCUUGUAAAGGGCCUUUGUCUAUGUUAACAAAGAAAUUAAGUAGUUGGAAUGAGUAUUAUGAAUGGAGAGGCAUCCCUUUAGAUUCUCCUGUUGCUCUGCUUCUUCACUGGCCAUUGACCAUAUAUAAGGCAAUUCAACUUGCUUCUGUGAAACAGUUGAUCCCUGAAACUACUGAUGAACUGUGCAUACACUACCUAGGGCCAGAAAGGGAAGUUUAUCAACUUGCUGUAUUUGGGGAGUUGCAUGCUUUACUUCCUGGAGUCCGAGUGCAUAUAGAUUUUGUUGGACCUGCUAUUCCACAUGAUAGGGAUGGCGAGACAAUUACUCUUUGUAGCUAUGCACAUUGCAUUGAGGCAAAUUGCACAUGUAAAUCUGGAAAAGGUCUUUAUCACAACCGCUACUCAGAUCUCACCAAGGAAUUUAUUCCUGAUUUAAUAAUUGCUCCAAAUGCUGGUAUUGCGGCCUACAAAAGCUGGCUACCAACUAUCGAGCUGAUAAGAGAAAUAGAAAUCCCAACCAUUUUCUCUGAUUAUUGUGAAGAAGCUUGUCAUCUUGCAGCUAAUUGUAUAAGCUCUGUGACGGGUAGUCCACCCACAAUACCUGUUCAGUUGAACCCGUUUAGACAGCCUUUGGCUGUUGAAGACACUGCUCUGAUUCUUCCUUGCUACUCGAAUUGCUUUCUUUUUGGGAUAUAAAGUCAGGAUUUUUUGUUUACUUUAGUUAGCAACCUCUAUUUAUGAAAUAAUGAAAUGUAAAAUAUGUUUUGUUUUGUGUGAAAUGAAACUUAUAUAUUGUUUGUACUUUGUAAUGGAUGAAAAUUACUCUAUGUUUUUAUUCUACAUAGAAUGUAAAUCGGCA